GUAAAUUUGUCUUUUGUCCUUUUAAUUGGCAGAUUCCCCCCCCCCGCCCCCAAAUAGCUUAAAUGGGUAGAGGAAAAGUUUUUCUUCCCCAACAUUUGAAAAGGUGAUAAAAUGGGGUCCUGGAUGAAGGGGGACCUUCUUGGCUUAGGGGUCAGAGGGAACCUUUCCGACAUCCGAGGAUGGGAGGAUGAGGAGGGCUUCCUUGUAAAACUUGAUUGAAACGAAUUCCACAACCUGACCUCCCCUCUGGCCAAUCCCCAGUGAGGCCCCUAGUGAAUUGAGUUAAAGCCCUGCAGAGAGCACAGGUGAAUGUAACAGAGGUACCGAUGAUUGUGGUGGUGAUGACGAUGAUGAUGGUCCUGUGGAGAGAAAAAUGAUCCGAAAGUCUUCCAGGGCCUUCUCUCCCAUCAGCCUCGCCCUCAGCCUCCCCCUUAGGGGUAUGAUGGCGCUCACAACAUUAUACUGCAAAUGCCAGUUUUCUCCUAUUUCCUGCCAAAACUGACCUGCGGAAGGCAGGCUAUUGGACAGAUGCUGAACAAGUGUUUGUUGACUUACAGCCCUUCUCUCUCCUCUUUGGGGAGAGAAGCUGAGACGGACCGACGCACACACCGGCAGGCAGCUACAACACUCACAAAGCCAGGAGAGCAAAGGGAGAGCGGAGUGGGAAAUGCUGGGCUGAAGGAGAGGGGGCGGCAGAGCUGGGGACAGAAUGUGCACAAGGGUGGGAAGCUUCCUUAGUGGGUCCCCCCAUUCAUUCAUUCAUUCCUAUUCAUCCACCCAUCAUUCAUUCCCCGAGGUGCGCUCUGGGUCGGGGCUUGUGCGCCCCAGUCUGGGUGAGUGGCUAGAGGGGGGUGGCUCGCCCUGGGAAUGGCGAGUUUGGGGGUUGGGAGUACACUCGUUAGAAAUGCACAUGUAGAAUUCCUUCCCAGAUCUAUUAACUCAGAAGGUCUGGGGUGGGGACUAGGAAUCCACCAGUCCAGACGGGAUCCUCAGGGGACUCUGACGCACGAGCCGCUGAGAAUAUUUGGACAGUGUGAUGUCAGGUCGGGGGCGCUGGGACCCCGAAGAUCUCCGCCCAGGAGACCCCGGACAGAUCCUGGAGGAGGUGGCCUACGGAGGUUAAGGCCACGACAGGCGUCCCUCCAUUGGCUGAUUGUAUAGUCGAUUAAGCGGGAAGAGGCGUGGCCCUCCCAGACCCCGCCCACCGCCCGCUCCCGCGGCGGCCGCCUUCCGAGGUUUCUUGGCUUGCGGGGCACUCGUAGCCGCCCCUUUUCCAGCUGACGCACUUUGGAGCCGCCGUCACUCAGCAGCCGUGGUUCGAAUCCCCGCGUCGGCCGCCAUGGCGGGCGCGGAGCCGGAGGCUAAGGGCAGCGGCGAGGGCGGCGGCGGCGGCGGCCGGGCUCCCCCCGCCCGGAGCGGCAGCGCCGUGCGCGUGGCCCCGCUGGGCCCCGAGCAGCUGCGGCGGGUCCUGGAGCAGGUGACGAAGUCGCAGCCGCCCUCCAAGCCGCCGCCGCCGCCGCCGCCCUUCGUGCUGCAGGACGCGGUGCGGCGGCUGCGGGACGCGGCCCAGGAGGCCGCCCUGCAGCGGGGCCCGGGCUCCGAGCCCCUGCGCCCGCCGCGCCUGCUGCCGCCUCAGCAACUGGGAGCCGUCUGUGUCAAGGUGACGCCCGGGGAAACGGAAGGUCCGGAGAGGCCGACGCCCCGACUGGCCGCCAUCCAGCCCCGGACGGCCAGGCCGAGCCAGCUGCCCGGGCGGCACGGCAGCGUGCUGGGGCCCAGGGUCCCCAGUCCUCAGCUGCUCGGGGCGCGACCCCUCCUGGGCACCCAGCCACAGCCUCCUGUUCAGGCGCCCGCACAGAGGCCGCUGCGCGCCCUCCGACCUGUCCCUGCGAAGAGAGUCGAGGUCCCCCCGGGUCCGAACGGACCGGGUGCCACGCUGGCCCCUCCGUCCGCCUCUGACCCGCUGGCAGUGACCCCUGUUUCACCCAGGUCAGCAAAUUUAUUUAUCCCCAACCUGCACACGAAGCACCCUGAGAAACUGAAAAAGCCUUUAAAGGUGAAAACACGUUCUGGGCGGAUAUCCCGACCUCCCAAGCAUAAAGCCAGAGAUUACAAGUUCAUAAAAAUGGAGGACCUGGCCGACGGCCACCCGUCGGACUCGGACGACUACGCGGAGCUGAGCGUGGAGGAGGAGGAGGAGGAGGAGCAGCGAAGCAGCGGGCGCGGCGGGGCGCAGCGGGCGCUCUUCGACCUGCCGAGCUGCGCCUUGCGGCCCAAGACCUUCGGGUGUCAGGCCUGCGCCAAGUCCUACAUAGGGAGCGGGGGGCUGGCCCGGCACUUCAGACUCCACCCGGGCCACGGCCCGCCCCAGCCCGAGGCGUCGCCACCGUGCGGGAAGGCCGGCGGGAGCGUGGCCCAGGGCCUGCCGUCAGCACGGGGUGGCCUGCAGAACGGUCAGUCUGUAGACGCUGAAGAGGCGUCGGCGUCGGACCCAGCAGACGGAAGUUACCCAGCCCUCUCGGGAACCGGGAGACGCCCAGGACCCACUCGGGGCUGCACCGAGGCCCCCUCACAGCCCGGUGCCGCCCUGCGGCGGAGCAGCACGGCCAGGAGCGGCGCCCGCCUCCGGGAGUUUCUCCACCAGUGUGACCGGCAGGACCUGGUGGAGCUGGCGCUGCCCCAGCUGGCGCAGGUUGUGUCGGUGUAUGAAUUUCUUCUGAUGAAGGUUGGGAAGGACCAUCCGGCGAAGCCGCUGUUCCCAGCCGUGUACAAGGAGUUCGAAGAGCUGCACGGGAUGGUUAAGAAAAUGUGUCAGGAUUACCUCCGCAGUUCCGGCCCCCGCCCCCGGGAGCCCCUGGAAGUCAGCGACAACGAGGUCGCCGAGUCCCUGGGGAUCACGGAAGGAUUCCUGUGGAGGAGAGAGACUCGCACGGAUGGCGCCCCGCACCCGUGCAGCAGCCAGGGCCCGGCUGGGGCGGACGGGCAGGGGCCCGAGGCCGCGGGCCCCAGGAAGAGGGAGAGCGAGAGCGAGAGGCGGGGCUGGCUUCAGCGAAGAGGACCAGGAGGGCAGCUCAGCCCCAGGAACCCACUGUGUCUUCUGCUGACGGCGGAGGCGCCCCGGCGGCCAGCGAGGGUAAAGUGCUUGCCCUGGUCGUGCCCCGAGGCUCAGAGGCCUGCUUUGCAGGGUUGGUGCCCCUGUGGGCGCGUCUGAGAGCCCUCCGGUUCCUCCAGACCUUGAUCCCAGCGCCCCCACGGUUCAGAGCUGCUGUGGUGGGGGGUGGGGUGGGG